CUUUACAAUAUUUGUUUUGUUACUUCCAUAUUUAACAAAGUUUCUUUUUAUAACACUAUGGCGAUUUUCAAGAUUAUUGUGUUGUUAUUAAGCUUGUCUUGUUUCUGUCAAGCACAACUUUCUCCUACUUUCUACGAUCAAAUUUGUCCAAACGCUCUCUCAACCAUCCGAUCCUCAAUCCGAACCGCCAUCAGCCGUGAACGUAGAAUGGCUGCUUCUCUCAUCCGUCUCCAUUUCCACGACUGUUUCGUUAAUGGAUGUGAUGCAUCGGUCAUGCUCGUGGCAACUCCAACAAUGGAGAGUGAAAGAGAUUCAGUGGCAAACUUUCAGUCAGCGAGAGGAUUUGAAGUUAUUGAUGAAGCCAAAUCUGCUGUUGAGAGUGUAUGUCCUGGUGUCGUUUCUUGCGCUGAUAUCAUUGCCGUUGCCGCUAGAGACGCGUCUGAAUACGUAGGAGGUCCAAGAUAUGCAGUUAAGGUUGGUCGGAGAGAUUCCACCACUGCGUUUAGAGCUAUUGCAGAUAGUGGCGACCUCCCCAGUUUCAGGGCAAGCCUAGACGACCUCAGUGAUCUCUUCCUUCGAAAAGGUCUAAACACUAGAGACCUCGUCGCUCUCUCAGGAGCUCAUACCUUAGGACAAGCUACGUGCGUAACAUUUAAGGAAAGACUUUACGACAACUCGAGCGACAUUGAUGCUGGAUUCUCCAGCACACGUAAGCGUCGCUGUCCCGCCAACGGUGGAGAUACAAAUCUAGCACCUCUAGAUCAAGUUACACCAAACUCGUUCGACAAUAACUAUUACAGAAACUUGAUGCAGAAGAAAGGACUUUUGGCGAGCGAUCAAGUUUUGUUUGGAAGCGGAGCUUCUACGGACAGUAUUGUGUCGGAAUAUAGCAGAAACCCUUCUAGAUGUGAUAUAACAAACUAAGUCCCACAUUGGAGAAUUAGACAAGGAGUGUCUAAUAUAUAAAUAGAUGUCCAACUCUAAUAGUACGAGGUCUUUUGGGAUGGAAACCAAAAGUAAAUCCAUGCGGGCUUGCCAAUUAGGCCCAAAGUGGACAAUAUCGUACUAAUCGGAUAAUAUAGAGUUGGACACGGGAUUUCACAAUCCCAACAAUUGGUAUCAGAGCCGGUUGACGAGAAAUCUGCAAGAAAGACCGAAAUACCCUUUGAGUGAUGAAUGAGUGAUGAAUGGGUAUCCUAUGAGUUAGGAAUGAGAGGUGUGUGGCAGAAAUCAAGUCAGAAGAUUCUGGAAGUCAGUUGUGGGACACGAGAUGAAUGUGAUCCUUAGUUUGAAGGGGAGAAUGUGAUAUAACAAACUAAGUCCCACAUUGGAGAAUUAGACAAGGAGUGUCUAAUAUAUAAAUAGAUGUCCAACUCUAAUAGUACGAGGCCUUUUGGGAUGGAAACCAAAAGUAAAUCCAUGCGGGCUUGCCAAUUAGGCCCAAAGUGGACAAUAUCGUACUAAUCGGAUAAUAUAGAGUUGGACACGGGAUUUCACAAUCCCAACACUAGAUUCGCGUCUGAUUAACUGCAAUGAUCAAGAUGGGAGAUAUUCAGACACUUACUGGCUCAGCUGGACAAAUCCGCAGAAUCUGCACUGCUGUUAAUUAAUGACAUACUACUACUCUUGUCCGAAAAAGCUUCAAAGACUUUAAAUCUCAUGUUAUUAUUUUUACAUUUACUCAUUUUAUUUGGUUGUUGUUGCAAUUGUAUGUAACUAAUUCGUUUGUUAUUUGGAAAUCACUGGAAUAAAUAAUUUGUUUUUUUAUAUAGACUAUUAUAUAUUCGUUUCUUUUGUGCAACCAUAUUAUUUAUUCAUAAAAACUAACACUAUAUAAAAACUAAUUGAAAUCACAAAAAAAAAACAAAAAUCUAAAUCCAAACUCGG